AUGUUCAUACGGUGUCAAUUUCCUCGUAGCCUGGGAAAUAACACACCCGGAUCGCUCUGGGACAACGUUGCCGAUCGAACCGGCCAGAACCUAUUCACCUCGAACCGGUACGGGCAUCUCAAACGCCAGAUCUACCAGAGCGUACGUAGAGCAGACUUCUGCGGCUUCUGGCUUUGUCGUGGACUAUCAGCAGAAGCGACCCACCCCCGCGAUGCGGAUCUGGUGCUCUUCCACUGCCACGGCGGUGGAUAUGUGAGUUUCCACCCGUCUGCCGGAGCGCCAGAACACCUCUUCAUGGCGGAGCUUCUCCAACGGCAUGGGCUCACGGUCGCCAUCUUCUCCCUGGACUACACCCUCGCCCCGGCAGCGACAUUCCCGAAACAGCGCGACGAAGCAAUUGCCGCCUACGACUGGAUCAACAAGGAGCUAGGUGUGGACGCAUCCAAGAUCGUGGUGAUCGGCGAUUCCGCCGGGGGGCAUCUGAUCAUGUCUCUACUGACAGGCCUUCACCAGCGCUAUCCGAGGGCCAACGAUGGACGCAGCGCCGAUCACCAUCGAGACCGACCCGCCGGAGCAAUCCUGGUCAGCCCCUGGUUGAAUCUAUACACGUCCCACCCACGCACGCUGGCGCUCCACUGGGAGGAGCGGCUCUUCAAACGCUCGCUAGACAAAUGCUGCGAGCAGGUGAUGCGGGACACGCCCGCCGACAUUGCCGAAGUGUACGGCAACUUCGCAGUCGACGUGGCAGCGCGCGGUUCGUGGAAGGAGAUUCUCCCCGACCGCACGUGGGUCUCAGCCGGGGCAGAGGAGCUGGUAUUCCUGUACGACAUUGAAGAUUUUGUGGCCCAUGCACGGCGUGACGGGGCAGCAAUCGCGCUGGAUGUGACUGCAGGCAAGAAUCACACGUGGCAGUGCUCCGAGGCGCUCGGGCAGCAUGCGAGGCUACUGGCGAUGCAGCCCGGGGAGGAUGACGAGGGGCUGAUGACGGGGUAUCGACGGAUAGCGGAGGAGAUUCUGAAGCUUCUCGAUCGAUGA